UCCUUCUCAGGGAUAGGAGCUAGACACUCUCCUGACAUCAUGCUCUCCCGCCCACGUCUUAGUCACAUGACUUCUUCAUCAGGAAUUCCCCACAGCCAAGGUUCAGUAUUUCUUUUUUAGACCUCUAAAAAUGGGAAUCAAAGGACUGCAAAGUUUUGUACAAAAUUCCUGUUCCAAUGUGUGCAGCACGGUCAACUUAAGGACAUUAGCCGCUAGAAACAAAUCUUCUUAUCCUGAAAGCACUCCUACCAUUGUUGUCGAUGCAAUGGGAUGUUUGCGAACCUGGUACACACCAAAUGACUGGGUUCAUGGAGGUCAGUGGAAAGAAUAUCUAUGUAGCUUGCAGACUUUCAUUUCUGCUUUCCAAGCAGCUGGGAUCCAGCUUGUGUUCAUCUUUGAUGGUGUCGUAGAAAACACAAAGAGGCAGGAGUGGGUGAAACGACGGCUGCGGGACAACAAAGAGAUCUCAAAAAUCUUUGAUUUUAUUAAAGCAAAUGGUCAACAACCUGGCCGAAAUAUGUUUUUUAUCCCCUCCGGAAUUUCUACUUUCACCAAGUCUGCACUGAGGUCUUUGGGGCAAGAAGUAAUUAUUUCGCAAGUUGAAGGUGAUUAUGAAGUGGCUGCACAUGGCUUACAACAUCAAUGCCUUGGGAUACUAGGAGAGGAUAGUGACUACCUUAUUUUUAAUACCGUCCCAUACUUUUCCGUUUCAAAGCUUUGCCUAGCCAGUCUAGAAACCCUUAUGUACUCAAGGGAAAACCUCUGUAAAGAACUCCGCCUCCAACUUUCUCAUCUCCCACUACUUGCUUGCCUACUAGGUAAUGAUGUAAUUCCAGAAAACACGGUGGCAUGUUUUCAGAGAAAAUGCAUGGCAUCAUAUCAUUCACAAAAUUCUGACCAGAACAAAAGAGCCCAAGUAAUUUGUGCUGUGGCUGCAUUUAUUUCAAAAUUACAGUGUUCUCAGCAUGGCCUGAGACAGGUUGAGUGUAUGUUGCCUCUUUGGUUUGACAAGACAUUGCUGCAAAAGGGAAUAGCAUUAUAUAUUUUACCACAACAGAAUUCACCCUGGCUUUCCUUAGAGCUUCCACAGGGGAAUCCAGAAAGGAAUAUCAUAGAAUCAAGUGUCUGCCCAUACAAGGACAUUGUUAAGACUGCCUUGAGCCAGCGCUGCAAUGGACAAAAAGUAGGAAUAUGGAAUAUACUAUGUACAGGGGAGUCAGAAUGCAGUAACACUCUGGAAGAUGAAUAUGACUCAGAAAUUACAGGACAAGCUCUCAUCUACAGGCCAGUCCGUCAGCAUGUUUAUGCAAUCCUGCUUGGCACUGGAAAUGGUUCUCCAGACACCUGCCCUAUAGUUAAAGAGUGGUAUGUCUACCCAGGUAAUCAGUUGCUGCAGCCAGACUUUGUCCAAGCUGUUCCACUUUCCAUAGCAGUUGGCAUUCCAAGUAUACAAAACCUAUGGACCAGUAACAGUCCUGAUAUUCAGAGAGAGCGUCUCUAUGCAUUUUUAGCUUGCUUUCAUAUUGAAAGCUUCACAGAUGAGCUUAAAGCCCUGGAACCACAUAUUGCUGCUGUCUGUUGCCUACUGAUAUAUAUUGCUGUGCAGGUGGUUAGCCUAAGUCAGAAGGACGUGGAAGCAUUUCUGGCCCAAGUUCUGUGUCUUCCAGGAAAAUCUGCAGGUCAGCUGAAAAAUUUACAGCUUCCCCAGGUUGAGUCAAGGGCAGUCCAUCUUGCUUAUCUUUUUCUCAGAGGAAUUAAUACAGUACUGUUAGUUAACAGUGCUUGUGGCUCCCCUUUCAACAUUAUGGAUUUGAUGCCAUGGAACACUUUUGAUGGAAAGCUCUUCCACCAUAAAUACCUGCAGUGUCAUGGAGGGAGCUCUCUGGAAGAAAUUUUGGAAGGAAGUGUGAGUACAAACACAACAUGUAAUCAGGAACCCCUGAUUCUUCUUUUCAAGAAACUAAUGAAGAUCAUUUGUGAUGCAUGUGCUGCCAAGAACAGGAUCUUACAGGAUACAAAGAGAAGACUACAUCAUUCAUUUGCUGGGCAUCAACAGCAAGCAAGAUUCAGCUAUCAGAAUCAACACCAUCGUGAAAGAAACCAGAGGCAUAAUUUUCCGAGACGUGGUAAUGCUUUUGGAGGAGAAAGACCAAACACUGGGUUCCACACGGGACACUGUACAGAGGAAAGACAAGAGCGGUGGCAUGGUGCUCAUGGGUAUGACAUGUCAUAUCCAGAACCAGCAUCCAGACGCAGGGGCCAAAGAGGAAGAGGAUCCCAGUAUUUGAACAGGUGGCCACAGUAGGUUUAAACUGGAGGCCUUGGUGGUAUUGAAAGUCUGAAGAUCCCAUCAUUCAGUUUUAUAACUGUUUCUAGGUCACUGUUGUGGAGAAAAGCUGCCAUGUUAAUAUCCUUUACCCGCCUAAAGAUUCCCACCGUCCUCCAUAAUUUUAAAGCUGUGGUUCACCUUUAAGAUAACUUGGAAUAUGUAUUAGAAUGGCUAAUUCUUAGCAGCUUUUCAUUAUUUCUUUUUUUAUAGUUUUUGAAAUACUGUAUUUUCCUUUUUCAUCUGGCACUU